AUGGCAGAGGAGAAUCCAGAGUUGCAGGGGAAAUUGAGGGAGCUAGAUGUCGAGCUUGAAGAGGGGGAAAUCACACAGAAGGGGUACCAGAAGAGGCGAACUCUCAUCCUUUCCCAGUACCUCGCGCCACCUGGUGAAUCCGCCCGAGGCCUGCGCUUGCACUCCCCGGACGAUACUGCUCAUCCCGCCAAUGAUGGAUCGCGUGCUGCCUCUUUCGCUGCGCUUACCCAGCGCUCACUUUCACCUCUGCCUGCUGUGGCCCAGCCGAGCGCAAGGAUGGGUGGUUCGGAGGCGGCAAUGGAUGGCCAAAACAGCUACCCAGGAGGACAACUGGGAGUCAGAAAUCCGAGCCCAGGGCCAUCAUCGAGUGGACAAGGCUCAUACAGUUCACGACCAAGCCAGGAACAAGGCCGAAGUGACGGCCAAUACGUAUUCAAUCCUGCAAACGACGACGCUUACGGUGGGCAACAAGGAGGGGACUACGGGAGUGGCAGUCAAACCAGGCAGUCAACCAUGCUAGAUCAAGCCUACUUUUCAGACUUCGCAGGCGAUCAGCAUGAAGCUCAGCGCGAUAGCUAUGGAGGUGGACCACAACGAUACUCCACUGCCGAUACAUUCUCCCCAACAGCGAACAUUGCACCUCCAAUGUUGAGUAACAGUGAUCUACCCCUGCUUGGUACUUUGAACCACCAACUACCCUUGGAGCCGAGAGAAGUUCCGUUCGCUGUUUAUGACCCCCAUAACAGCAACAUACCAAUGUCAAAGUUCGACAAUAUAGCCACCGUCUUACGCCAUAGAGCUCGCACAAACCCUAAACAGCCUGCAUACUGGGUGCUGGACCAAAAAGGCAAAGAAUUCUCGUCUAUUACUUGGGAGAAAUUGGCGAGCAGGGCGGAAAAGGUCGCACAAGUUAUUCGAGACAAGAGUAACUUAUACAGAGGAGACCGCGUUGCUCUGAUAUAUCGCGAUUCCGAAAUUAUAGACUUCGCUGUCGCCUUCAUGGGCUGUUUUAUUGCUGGCGUUGUGGCUGUUCCAAUUAAUGAUUUCGACGUCUCGACUACCAACCUCUCAGAUUAUCAUAGACUGAAUGUGAUUCUCACGACGACGCAAGCGCACCUAGCGCUCACCACUGAUGUGAAUCUGAAAACUUUCCAACGAGAUAUAACAGCUAAUAAGCUGAAUUGGCCUAGAGGAGUAGAGUGGUGGAAAACGAAUGAAUUUGGAAGCUUCCACCCAAAGAAAAAGGACGAAAUACCACCUCUGAUCGUUCCCGAUCUCGCAUACAUCGAAUUCUCUAGAGCUCCUACAGGCGACCUUCGAGGUGUUGUAAUGAGCCAUAGGACCAUCAUGCACCAGAUGGCUUGCCUCAGCUCCAUGCUUCAGACCAUACCUACCAACGGCAACGAUACCUUCAAUCCAAAUCUUCGCGACAAGGCAGGACGGCCCAUGACGGGAUCAAACGUGGGGGAGAUCUUGUUGAGCUACCUCGAUCCUCGACAAAGCAUCGGUCUAAUAUUGGGUCUGCUCUUCACCAUUUAUGGCGGCCACACUACCGUUUGGAUGGAGGCUCGGGCGGUUGAGACCCCUGGUCUUUACGCGAAUUUAAUCACCAAGUACAAAGCAACGUUGAUGAUUGCGGACUAUCCAGGUCUGAAACGUGCAGCAUACAAUUAUCAGGCAGACCCCAUGACGACACGCAAUUAUAUGAAAAAAUUUGAGCCCAACUUCUCGAGUGUUAAAUUAUGUUUGAUUGACACCCUGACAGUCGACAGCGAGUUUCAUGAAAUUUUAGCAGACAGGUGGCUUCGACCUUUGAGGAAUACAAGAGCGCGUGAACUUGUGGCUCCCAUGCUCUGUCUUCCAGAACACGGUGGUAUGGUAAUAAGCGUACGUGAUUGGCUCGGUGGCGAAGAGCGGAUGGGUUGUUCACUGGGAACGCAUUCUUCUGACGAUGAUGAGAGUCAUGACGAGAAAAAAGAUGCCAAGGUGGUUGUACCAGGGAACGCAUACGGUAGUCUGAUUGGUGGAGGUCCGAAGAAGCCGGCGGGCCCGAAAGCACGAACAGAGCUGAGUGAAGUCCUAUUGGACAAAGAGUCGUUAAAGACAAAUGAGGUGGUGGUGGUGGCCAUGGGUGAUGAAGCCAGACGACGAGCAGGCAACGAGCCGGGUACGGUCCGAGUUGGAGCUUUUGGAUACCCGAUACCGGACGCGACUUUGGCAGUUGUAGACCCUGAAACGAGCCUACUUUGUACUCCCUAUGUCAUCGGAGAGAUCUGGGUUGACUCUCCCUCCCUGUCAGGUGGUUUCUGGGCAUUGCCUAAGCACACUGAAACAAUCUUCCAUGCCAGACCAUACAAGUUCCAGGAAGGCAAUCCUACUCCAAUGGCUGUUGAGCCAGAAUUUCUUAGAACUGGGUUGCUCGGAUGCGUCAUUGAUGGCAAGAUUUUCAUCUUGGGACUCUACGAAGAUCGCCUACGGCAGAAGGUUGAAUGGGUGGAGCACGGUAUGGAGGUAGCAGAGUACCGCUAUUUCUUCGUUCAACACCUCAUCAUCAGCAUCAUGAAGAAUGUACCCAAGAUCUACGAUUGUACCGCCUUUGAUGUGUAUUCGAAUGAUGAACAUCUACCAAUUGUCUUGCUUGAAUCGCAUGCUGCUUCUACGGCGCCUACGACUUCUGGAGGACCGCCUCGACAGCUCGACACUGCACUUCUAGACUCUUUGUCCGAGCGAUGCAUGGAAAUUCUGUACCAAGAGCAUCAUGUGCGAGUCUACUGUGUUAUGAUCACAGCUCCAAACACUUUGCCAAGAGUUGUGAAGAAUGGUCGGCGAGAAAUUGGCAAUAUGCUGUGCCGGAAAGAAUUCGACUUAGGUUCCUUGCCCUGCGUACACGUCAAGUUUGGUGUCGAGCGAGCUGUGUUGAACUUGCCUGUGGGCGUUGACCCUGUUGGCGGUAUCUGGUCGCAAGUCUCGACUACAGCCAGGCAAGAAAUUCUACAGCAUCAGGACAAGCAAUACUCUGGCGUUGACUACCGAGAGGUAGUUAUUGACGACAGGACCUCGACGCCGUUGAACAACUUCUCAAGUAUUGUUGAUCUGCUACAAUGGCGCGUAGCAAGGCAAGCGGAGGAACUGUCUUAUUGCACUAUCGACGGCCGCGGCAAGGAGGGAAAAGGCGUGAACUGGAAGAAGUUCGACCAAAAAGUUGCGGCGGUGGCUCUGUACCUCCAGAACAAGGCCAAAGUCAGGCCAGGAGAUCACCUCAUUUUGAUGUAUACACACUCAGAAGAAUUCGUCUACGCAGUCCAUGCUUGCUUCUGUCUUGGAGCUGUGGCCAUCCCAAUCGCGCCGCUCGAUCAGAACCGCAUGAACGAAGAUGCACCUGCUUUCCUCCAUAUUAUUGCUGACUUCCGCGUCAAGGCUGUCAUCGUGAAUGCAGAAGUCGAUCACUUAUUAAAACAAAAGAUAGUCUCUCAGCAUAUCAAGCAGUCUGCACAAGUCCUGAAAGUUGGCGUACCUCCAUACUACAACACUGCAAAGCCACCGAAGCAGUCAAGCGGAUGUCGAGAUCUAGGCUUCACGAUGAAGCCUGCUUGGAUACAAUCCAAAUAUCCUGUUUUAAUUUGGACAUACUGGACGCCUGAUCAACGACGCAUAGCGGUACAGCUUGGUCAUGAUACGAUCAUGGGUACCUGUAAAGUACAAAAAGAGACCUGCCAGAUGACUAGCUCGAGGCCAGUCCUUGGAUGCGUGAGAAGUACGAUGGGAUUGGGAUUUGUUCAUACCUGCUUGAUGGGCGUCUUUGUUGGAGCACCUACUUACCUUGUCUCGCCUGUCGAUUUUGCUUCUAAUCCCAUGUCUCUGUUCCUCACUCUAUCAAGGUACAAGAUCAAGGAUACCUACGCUACUGGGCAAAUGCUAGACCACGCGAUGAACACCAUGCCUGGUAAAGGCUUUGCACUUCAUGAGCUAAAGAACAUGAUGAUCUCAACCGAAGGCAGGCCAAGGGUUGAUGUCUUCCAGAAAGUCCGCCUACAUUUUGCAGGGACUGGCCUUGAUAGGACAGCCAUCAACACCAUCUACUCACAUGUCCUCAACCCUAUGGUCGCCUCACGCUCGUACAUGUGCAUCGAGCCAAUAGAGUUGUGGCUCGACACACGAGCUCUCCGCCGAGGACUCGUCUACCCUGUCGAUCCUGACACUGAUCCUUCUGCUCUCCUGAUUCAAGAUUCUGGGAUGGUACCCGUCAGCACUCAAAUCGCGAUCGUUAACCCUGAAACUUGCAGACUUUGCCAUAUUGGCGAAUACGGGGAAAUUUGGGUGCAGUCUGAAGCCUGCGUAAAGUCUUUCUAUGGAUCUAAAGAUGCUUUUGACGCUGAAAGAUUUAAUGGCCGAACGGUCGACGGAGAUCCUCAUGUUACGUACGUAAGGACAGGCGAUCUAGGUUUCCUACACAACGUCGUCCGGCCUAUUGGUCCCGGAGGUCAACAGGUGGAGAUGCAGGUGUUGUUUGUCCUCGGCGGCAUUGGUGAGACAUUCGAGGUCAAUGGAUUGAGCCAUUUCCCGAUGGACAUCGAGCACUCGAUUGAGAAGUGUCACCGAAACAUAGUGACCAAUGGCUGCGCGGUUUUCCAAGCAGGCGGCCUUGUCGUUGUCCUCGUCGAAGUCGUUCGAAAAGCCUAUCUUGCCUCCAUCGUCCCCGUUAUCGUAAACGCUGUACUAAAUGAGCAUCAAGUUGUCGUUGACAUUGUUGCGUUCGUCACGAAAGGCGACUUCCCACGCUCGCGCCUCGGCGAGAAGCAACGCGGCAAGAUCCUUGCCAGCUGGGUCACCAGGAAAUUGAGAACCAUAGCACAAUUCGGUAUUCGAGAUACGGAUGGUGCUGAUAGCCAGAUCACUGAGGUCGCAGAGCCAAGGAGUAUGCUGGGAAGUGUCGUCGGUGUGGGUAGCUCAUUAAAGAAUGUUGAGACUGUCAAUGCACCGCCGACGAAUCAGGCGCAACAGCAAGCGCAGGACUAUGCUAUCUUACCCACAGGCAUCUCCGAGAUGCCAGCAACUUACGAAAGCUCGAUAGUCGAGUCCCCACCCCUUCCACCAGCUGAAGAAGACAGGGACGAUACGCCCACUGAAUCCCGCAACAACAAUCAUUUCUCAUCCAGAAUCGACAAUAGCGACAAUGGGGAGGAAUCAUCCUCCCAAGCAUACAAUCCACGAAAUGAUUCCCUUCCAUCCCACAACGACACCGGCCUACCAUCUCCAGAGCACUACCCUAACUACGCAGGCUACACCGCCAAUCACGAUCCUGACCCUGUGCUCGGUAAUCCCGACAAGCCCUCUUUCGAUUUCGUCUCCGAGGCCCCACCACCUCCCGCCCGCUACGAUUCCAAACCAACCCUUACCUCCCAACACGCCCGCGAGGCCGAAGGCGACCUAUGGUCUCUCCCAUCACAGCAACGGCACCCACAGUCUCAAUCUCAAAGCGCUUCCCAACGCGAUGCGAGAACAAGACCGGGUGGACCGAGCCAUACACCCUCCGCCAGCUCAUCGGACCACUAUGAUAUCGCCGGUGAUGAUGAUUGGCGGCAGGACGCGAUCAUGCAUAUGAACCUGGCGCGAGAUGGGAGCAAGAGAGAUGCGCAUGUUGGGGAUAGGAGUGGUGGGCUUUAUGGGGCUUAUGAUGGGAGUGGAUAUGGGCAUGCUAUGUGA